UAUUCUGCGAUAUUUUCAAAAUAGGUUCACGUUUAAUAACGUUUCAGUUGCGGACAGGAAGAAAUGGCAAAAGAAAUAUUACAGCUGGACCUGUACGGUUUACUAGGAGUGGAAGGAGCAGCGACAGAGAAAGAGAUCAAGAAAGCAUACAGACAGAAAGCUUUAACCUGCCAUCCAGACAAGAACCCAGACAAUCCUAAGGCUGCUGAGCUCUUCCACCAGCUCUCCCAGGCCCUCGAGGUGCUGACUGAUGCUGCGGCAAGGGCUGCCUACGACAAGGUCCGUGCUGCCAAGCAAAAAGCCGAGGAGCGAAACAGGAGACUAGAUGAGAGGCGAAAAAAGAUCAAAUUAGACUUAGAGGCUCGUGAGCAACAAGCAGAGGCAGAGGCAGAGGCAGACUUCAAAAUCACCAGAACAUUACAAGAAGAAAUUGCCCGCUUGAGAGAAGAAGGCUCCAGACAGCUGCAAGAAGAGCAGAGACUGAUUCGAGAGCAGAUCCAGAAAGAGAGGGAGUGGAGGCUCAAUGCUCAGUCCACACAUGCAGAUUUUUCUUCAGUGCAGCAAGAUAACAGAAAGGUCACCCCUAAAUUAAAGCUAAAGUGGAAGUGUAAAAAAGAUGACGACACGAACGGUGGAUAUUCUCAGGAAGUUCUUCAAGGCCUCCUUCAGAAGUAUGGUGACGUCUUGAACAUUAUAGUAUCGAGUAAGAAGAAAGGCAGUGCUGUGGUCGAGUUUGCGACUGUAAGAGCAGCGGAACUGGCUUUCAAAAAUGAGAGCGGUUUGACAACAACCCCUUUAAAAAUUGUAUGGCUGGAGGGACAACCUGAGAGCACUGCUCCAAUGGCACCCAAUAAAUCUACAGCUGGAACAUUUACUUCUUCACAGGGUUCCCAGAUGCUAGUAAAGGAAAACAUCAUUAUAAUGCAGCAAUUUUCAUGCUAGCCUGCAAUUGUGGAGGUGAACAUUACUAAUGCUGUCAAGCAUCUGGAUCAAGGUUAUCCUUGACAGUCUUGGAGGUUUGCCGGAGCUGCUGAGUAUCCCACAAUGCCUGUGUUCCCUCGCCUCCUCACGCCAUCUGUAAUUGUAGAGGAGAGGUUUUGGAGGUGUUUUUUUUUUUUAAACUCAUAAUUUUCCCAUUAAUGCAUAGAGACCUUGGCAUUUUUUAAAAAGCUCUUUUGCUGCUAUUUUCUGGUUUUGGUACCAAGGUUUGUACUCUCUUGUGGACUGUAAGUUGCUAUUUAUUAUUUUUCAUUAUUAAAAGUUUUAGCACUGUUGUAGACUGGUGCAGUGUAGUUGAGCACAAAGGGUAACACUGACCUGUGAUAUGGAUAUGUACUAAUCUGUACACUUAAUACUAAUUUACUGUUUCUCAGUUAUGCUAGAGCUCCAUGAGGUAGCCCACCUCCAGGUUUUUUCGUUCCAAUAAAAUUGAUGAUCUACAUUUCACAGUACACUUAUGGUGGGAUUUUUCUUUCUUUCUUUUUUUUUUGAGUUAUCAGUGUUGCAAAAGCAACGAUUCAAUACGAGGCCUGCUCUCCACAGCUAGUCAUGUAAUUCUUGCGUAGGUUGUUUCUUUCAUUAUUGUUUUUCUGGAAAAUGCCACGACUGUUUCAUUAGAAGUGAAUGUGCUGGUAUUAGACAGCCUGUGAAAUAUGUGCUGAAUAAUUUAUUUUUAAGAGUUACGCUUUCACUCAUAAGGUUGUAGAUAUAAUGGCAUGUUUUUGUACAAAGAGAAGAAGAAAAAUUGCUGGUAUUAAUGAAGGGUUAGGUUUAUAGUCGGUCUGGCAUGCAUCAUUUUCCUCUCUCCAACAGCCAGCGAUUAAUUUCAAGUAGCCUCCUAGUGUCAAAUUCCAGACAUCUGCAGUGAUACUUUUGGACUGAGUAACCACAGUGUGAGAUGAGUGAUAUGGUAUGUACAACCCCGAUUCCAAAAAAGUUGGGACAAAGUACAAAUUGUAAAUAAAAACGGAAUGCAAUAAUUUACAAAUCUCAAAAACUGAUAUUGUAUUCACAAUCGAAAGUAAGACAUUUUGAAAUUUCAUGAUAGCAACACAUCUCAAAAAAGUUGGGACGGGGCAAUAAGAGGCUGGAAAAGUUAAAGGUACAAAAAAGGAACAGCUGGAGGA